UUUAAUUAAAUGCAACAGACAGAGAAAGCGUACGUUGCCAUCCCUUGCUAUCGGAGCUUUUCAAGACAGGUCUCACCUGCACAAACCUCAACAAAAUUGAUUCAACAUGUGAUUUAAAAUGCGAAGACGGAACCUCGCAGGAGAAGUUUUUCUGUCGUGAAGCUGUAAAUGACGACGGUGCUGCAUGGUUCCACAAGGAUGCAUGCGAAGCUGGAGGAAGCAAAGUGAAAUUAUGUGAAGCUGCUUUGUUUGAUGUGAUCACAGUCAUAGAUGGUUCAUUUACUGAAGCUCAGUUCACUGACGCUGUAAAACUUCUUGAACAAAUGGCGCUGGUUUUUAGAGAACAUUUUGUAAAAAAGCAAAUGAGAUGGAGUGUGGCCACAUCUGGUGCAAAAACUGACUCCUGUAACCUUAAUGACAAAGUGUCAAGUUAUAAUACUAAGAUACCAUUUGGAAGACAUAACACCUCCACCCUCUUUAAAAUGCUCAAACAAAUUCAAAAACCUGACUCUUGCGCCUACUACUCCACCCCUCUAACUGAAGCUACUGCUGCACUUACAACACAUGGGCAGACGCUUGCUAUUCCAGUUCUACUCCAUAUGAGUGCAGGGACAUAUCUUCAGCUUUUGAUGUAGCCAAAGACAUAAGGGACGGAGGUAUACGAAUUUUUGCUCUUGGAACUGGCUCCACAACAAUGGAAAUGGUAAAAACUUUAACUGGAUCCGCAAACACUGCAUUCUGGGUCAGUGAUACGGAGAAGUUAUCGGACAAAUAUAUUCCUAUCAGUGAUACAUUGAGAAGUUUGGAUUGUGCAGGAACUGGUUGUCCAAAAACUUUCACUGACUUUGCAAAUGGGAAGCACUCAUGUCGAUACCUACGUGGUUCAGGCACUGCGUGUGUGUUUGAAUGCGAUCUUGGCUUUAAACUGAAAGGGGCGAGGGUUUUACGAUGUCUUGAAAGAAAGGGGGACGAUCCAGAAAAGUGGUCACGACCGCAGCCUACUUGUGAAGUUGCCCUCUGCUAUGAACUAGAGCCAGUAAAGUUUGGUGGCAUGAACUGUUCAGAUGGUGUGAAACCAGGUUCGGUGUGUGUGUUUCACUGUGAUGAGUAUUACUUUCGUGAAGGUCCUACACAGGUAGAAUGUGGAAAACUACAAAGUGGGGAAUGGAGUGAAGCUUCAGCCACUUGUGCGACAGAUCUUCUUUGCCUUCCUGCACUGCAAAAAAUCGAGAACGGUGAGCUACAAUGUCCAGAUGGAAAUCAAUUCAACGCUGUAUGUACUUAUAAAUGCACUGAGGGUUUUCUGUUAAGUGGAAGCCACAAGUUAAGAUGUAGCACCCCUCUGCAAGAAGGCGGGGCAGCGUGGAACAAAAAGCCUCCAACGUGUGUCAAAUGCCCCAUCACACCUUGUGCCUUGGAUAUUGUUGUUGCGGUAGACAGCAGCGAAUAUAUGCAAGAGGAAAAGUUUAAAGAAACAAUUACAGCGGUAGAAAAUCUGCUCAAUAGAUUUGAUGGCUCCAUAGAUCAAGGCAUAGCACAUGCUGGUCUUAUACAAGUGAAUGGAAAACCAACGUUCGACUGUUUAUCAUCAUAUGUAGACAAGAAAUUAAAGGUUGAGCUUGAUCUUGCUGAAUAUUCAAUUGAGCAAGUGAUCGAGGCUCUCAAAAACACAUCGAGCAAGUUUGGGUGUCCGACGGUUGAGAGCGCCAUUGCCCGGGGUGCCUCCUACAUAAAGGCAGUGGGCAGGGAAAAUACAAAAAGGGUUUUGAUAUUAGUGACAGAUGCAGACGUUAGUACAGAAAAAUUUAGUGAGGUUGCUGCAAAGACUCAGCAAGAGGAAGGUGUCAGAGUAAUCGUUGUUGGGAGGGAUACCUCAGGUGAAAGCACAGACGUUGUGGUUAAAGGGUUAAACCGUCAUGGACGCCUUGUUGUUACACCUUCCUUUGUUGGUACGACAACUCCAAUUGAAGAACUUAUCCUCACUUUCACAAACCGUGCCUCAGGUUUUAAACAACCAUGUGGCUGGUUGGGCUAUUUUGCACUCUAUGUAUUGAUAAGAGCAUUAAGCCGAUGAUGGUAGUAAUAUAUUCCUGGUUUACCAAGCCAAGAGUCGGGAGAGGUUACAGUACAAGGAUGCGAUUUCAUGGCACAGUGUGAAGUGAAGGGUCACUGUCAGAACAGAAACUAGAACUAGCCCCU